UGUGUUUCGAAAAUAAGAAUUAGAUAAUGAAGUGGGUAUUUGUGGUGAUAUCUUUGAUUUCUAUAAGCAUUGAUGUCACACAUGGGAUGACCCGACAACAACUAAAGAAGACAAUGGGGGUAGUAAAGAAUCAAUGCAUGCCGAAGCACUCGGUAACUGAAGAACAAGUGGGCAGAAUAGAGCAAGGCGUUUUCGUUGAAAAUCACAAUGUUAUGUGUUACAUCUCCUGUGUCUACAAAAACUUUCAAGUGAUGAAGAAUGAUAGGCUCGACCUGAAUUCUAUUUUGAAACAAAUAGAUAUUUUGUACCCACCGGACAUUCGUGAGCCUGUUAAAAAGGCUGUUUUUGCAUGCAAAGAUAUUCAGGAAAAAUACGAAGACAAGUGCGAGGGAGUAUUUUAUGCAGUGAAGUGUUUGUAUGAAAAGGAUCCACCAAACUUUAAAAUGUUGAACUUUACUAAAGUUUUUCUCUUCACCUGUCUUUUGUUUAUUGUAAUAGACAGAUCAUACGUCGAUGCGAUGACAAGAGAACAAAUUAAAAAUUCUGGGAAAAUGAUCAAGAAAACUUGUAUGCCGAAGAAUAAUGUAUCUGAAGAGCAAGUAGGUGAUAUAAGCAAGGGAAAAUUCAUUGAAGAAAGAAAUGUUAUGUGUUACAUAGCUUGCGUCUAUAAAAUGGGACAAACUAUAAAAGGAAACACAGUUAAUUACGACAUGAUGAUAAAGCAAGUAGAAAUGAUAUUCCCAUCAGAAAUAAAAGCUCCAGUGAAAGAGGCUAUAGAAAGCUGUCGAGGAGUCGCUAAAAAAUACAAAGACGUGUGUGAAGUUUCUUACUGGACCGCGAAGUGCAUAUACGAUUACAAUCCUGCCAACUUCUUGUUCCCUUGAAGAGAGUAUAUUCUUUAAGAGUUCUAAAAACGUAUCAAUAAAUGAAUACUAUUUAAUUGCAUUUUCAUUAAGCUUAGAUUCCAAACGUAAU